GUGUCACUGUCAGAAUUGUCGCAAGUGGUGUCCGUAAACUCGGAAUGAAGGUUUCGCUUCUUCUGGUCUCGUGGCUGCCAGCGUUCGCAGUAUGCACUUCAAUCUCUAACAACCCAAAUUCUCUAUGCGUUAUCAUCACUAGCGAAAACCUAAACAUGUCCUUCCCCCAUGCUGAAUACGCGUACCAUGCAAUAGUCACAAAAGGAGGGUAUUCCCACAAUGAAGAAAAGGUUAAAGUGGGAGACUUUAUCACCGUUCAAAGUUUUUUCUGCCCCCUAAUUCGGAAGAAACACUACUUCCUGAAAGGAACUCCGAGCCGUUCUACGCUGUACAUCCGUCACCACAUAUGCUCAGAAAUAGAAGAUUGCAAGCUAUAGAUGAUUACCUGCAUGACCAUCCAAUUUCUCCCAUGUAGUAAAAAAUAAAC